GGCGCGGGCGGCACGUGGUGGCGCCGCUGGCAGCCCCGCGUGUGGGCGCUCUUCGAGGACCCCUACUCGUCGCGGGCCGCCAGGUAUGUGGCCUUCGCCUCGCUCUUCUUCAUCCUCAUUUCCAUCACCACCUUCUGCCUGGAGACCCACGAGGGCUUCAUCCACAUCAGCAACAAGACGGUGACGCAGGCCUCCCCGAUCCCUGGGGCCCCGCCGGAGAACAUCACGAACGUGGAGGUGGAGACGGAGCCCUUCCUGACCUACGUGGAGGGCGUGUGUGUGGUCUGGUUCACCUUUGAGUUCCUCAUGCGAAUCACCUUCUGCCCCGACAAGGUGGAGUUUCUCAAGAGCAGCCUCAACAUCAUCGACUGUGUCGCCAUCCUGCCCUUCUACCUGGAGGUGGGCCUCUCAGGCCUCAGCUCCAAGGCCGCCAAGGACGUGCUGGGCUUUUUGCGUGUCGUCCGCUUUGUCCGAAUCCUGCGCAUCUUCAAGCUGACCCGACACUUCGUGGGGCUGCGGGUGCUGGGCCACACGCUCCGUGCCAGCACCAACGAGUUCCUGCUGCUCAUCAUCUUCCUGGCCCUGGGGGUGCUCAUCUUUGCCACCAUGAUUUACUAUGCUGAGCGCAUUGGCGCCGACCCCGAUGACAUCCUGGGCUCCAACCACACCUACUUCAAGAACAUCCCCAUUGGCUUCUGGUGGGCUGUUGUCACCAUGACGACCCUGGGCUAUGGAGACAUGUACCCCAAGACCUGGUCUGGGAUGCUGGUCGGGGCGCUGUGUGCCCUGGCGGGGGUGCUGACCAUCGCCAUGCCUGUUCCGGUCAUUGUCAACAACUUUGGCAUGUACUAUUCGCUGGCCAUGGCCAAACAGAAGCUGCCCAAGAAGAAGAACAAGCACAUCCCCCGGCCCCCCCAGCCUGGCUCGCCCAAUUACUGCAAGCCUGACCCACCCCCACCUCCCCCACCCCAUCCUCACCACGGCAGCGGUGGCAUCAGCCCCCCGCCACCCAUCACCCCGCCCUCUGUGGGGGUGACUGUGGCUGGGGCCUACCCGCCGGGGCCCCACACGCACCCUGGGCUGCUCAGGGGGGGCGCGGGGGGACUGGGGAUCAUGGGGCUGCCUCCUCUGCCGGCCCCCGGCGAGCCCUGCCCGCUGGCUCAGGAGGAAGUGGUUGAAAUCAACAGGGCAGAUCCCCGUCCCAAUGGCGAUCCUGCUGCAGCCGCGCUGGCCCACGAGGACUGCCCCGCCAUUGACCAGCCCGCCAUGUCCCCAGAGGACAAAAGUCCCAUCACCCCUGGAAGCCGGGGCCGCUACAGCCGGGAUCGCGCCUGCUUCCUCCUCACCGACUACGCCCCUUCCCCUGACGGCUCCAUCCGAAAAGGUUACGAGAAAUCCCGCAGCCUGAGCAGCAUCGCGGGCCUGAGCGGGGUGUCCCUGCGCCUCGCGCCCCUUGCCACCCCCCCUGGCUCUCCCCGGGCCACCCGCCGCGCCCCCCCAACCCUGCCCUCCAUCCUCUAGCGCUCCCCUCCCCCCUGUGGGGGGACUCGGGGGUGACCCGGAAGAAGGUCAAAGGAGCUGGGGGUGGGGUGGAGGGGAGAAAGGUGUUUUUUUUUAAAAAAAUCAAAAAGUCAUUAAUAAUAUGCAACCGAGAUGAUGACGCCAGCAGACACCCCCGGGCCCCUAGCCCCCCACCUGGGCCCCCAGGAUGGAAGGGGAGGGGCCAGAUCCCAUCCCCCACCUCACUCCCCCACAAAAAGCCUUCUCAGGUCUCCAUGAGCCAUAGGACACCCUCUCCCAUCAAGUCGUGUAAAUAAGUCCAAACGACACCAGUUCCAUCUUGGGGCACCUACCCUCCACACUCUGCAUGCUCCCCAGCCAGACCCCCGCUCCCAAGCCACCUCAGCGGUAAUCCGCCAGGGGCUGCAUGCGCGAGCUGGAGGGGAGGGGGCCGGAAGCUGUAGGGGUCGGGCUGGUCUUCAAGCCACAGGGGGGGUCCCCGGGCUUCCCGUCCUUCCCCUCAGGGCAACCACCAUCCCCCCCCCCGCACACUUCUGAAGAGGAAACCACCUAGGGACGGGGAAGGUGGGGUGUCUCCCAAGCCCAAGCUUUCGGCUGAGGCACAGGGCUGGGCUGCCCACCGCCACUCCCCAGCUUUCCGGAGGAUCCGGCUGGUGAAUCUCACCCCCAACCCCCCUCCCCCCGGGAGCUGCUUGCCUCUGUGCUCGCUGCAUGGACUCAGACCUCCCAACCUAGAGUUCCUGGGAAGAUCUGGCCCUGGCCCACAAAAUCCCCGCCCCUCCCCUCCAUUCCCAGGACAUGAGACCUGCAUCUGGAAUUCCUGAGCUGGGCCCUGGCACCCUGCACCCCGAAUCUCCACACACUUCGGGACUUAGCCUCUGCAAACAGAUGCUUCCCUGUCCCUCCCACACCCUCCAAGCUCCUCCCCGAUUGCCUGGACCGUGUCCCGACUUGCACCUCCAAGCGCUGACCCCUCUCUGCAGCUCAGUUCAGCCUUUGGGAUGCUCCAGGUCCCUCCCACAACUCCGACAUCUCCUGGACACCCCCAGAUCCUCAGGCCUGCUUCCCAAGCCCCCCCCCCCCCAACACCAGACUCGUCCAUCCCAGAUCCCUUGACGCUAGAACUUCCAAGGCAGGCUCUGCCUGUCUGCAAUUCCAGGGAGCCAGACCCCGGCACCCCUCCUUUUGCCCUAGCCCUGGCCACAAGGCCCCUUCCCUGAGACGGUGCCCAAAGGUACCCUCUUCGUGGCCACCAGCCUCCUGGAGUGUCGCACUGGUGCCCUUGCUGGCGGGACAAGAUUGCAGGCGGUCCGAGGAGGAGCACCUGUUUCAAACGUUUCCUCUUGAACGCACACAUUUUGCACAUCGAGCUGGUGAACCGGGUAGCGCUCCUUGGUCGGGGCAUCAUCGUUAAGAUUCCAAGUGUUUCCAUUUGAGGCGGUCCCAGAAUGGUCACAGAGGCUUCGGCCGGCUGGAGGGACACUGGAAAGUCUCGGCCCGGGAAACUGCGACGGGGGCUGGCGCCCCUCACCCGGCCGCCACGCUCGCGCUCGCCCGCGGGUGGAAAGCCGUCCCUCACACCCCAUCCAGGCUCAAGGAUGCGCUACCUCCCCGGCCCAGAGGCCACGCCGGUCCCAGAAUCCUUAGCGGACCCCCCCUUUUGGAGCUGGGGGCCGUGGAAUCAGCACCCUCCCUCCCUCCGCUCCCACGGCCUCAGGGACACCCUCGCGCCCACCCAAGGGUGGGUGGGGGGCGUCACUGAGCACAAUUCUCGAUGCAACGAUUCCUAUGCAAGGGGCAUUUUGAGUCCCCCCAGCCUCCCCUCGGCCCCUAAGCCCUGGUGAAUCGGGGUGAGGGGCGGGGAGGGUAAUGGUGGGGCAGGGUAAAGGGCUAGGGGCUCCAGACACCAGGGUACGGGGUGGGGACUGAUCAUAUUGCCAAAGGGUUCAACUUCUUUAAACAGCCCCCAGUUUCCCCUGACCCUCACACAAAGCAGAACAGGGCGGGGAAAGGGGUGAGUCUUUCCCCCAAGGGUACUGACCCCUUCCCAGCGGCUCCCCCUGCUCGCCAAUCCGCCACACGUACCCAGCUUUUUAGUUCAGCUUUAAGAAAAUAACCACCAUCAUAAACAUCUACAAAACGUGACUUACUUCCUGUCCCUCCCCAUCCCCCAGGUCAACAAACAGUGUGGGAUCGGGGAGGGAGAGCGAGCUGAAGGGACUGCCUCCAAGUCCCGCUCCUUUUCUCCUCGGCCGCCAGGGUGCCUGCAACUACACGCAUGCGCUGCAUGACGCGCGCCCCCCACUCGCAUGUCGCGCCCCUCCUGCGCUCCGGGAACGCACGGACACGGGGCAUGGGGCGGGGCGAUCGGGGAGGAAGGAAUGGCGGGGGGUCGAGCUCAGCGGCUCCCCCUCCCCAACACACACACAGCAAUAAGUUUCUCUCACUCGAAAGUGGGCGGGGUGGGCCUGGCCUGUGGGGGGGGACAAGGGGCGCUCUCAGGGAUGGGGGCGGGGUCCGGAGGUGUGGGAGGGGAGGUCUACAAAUCGUCCAACUCUGGUGCUAACGGCGGGUCUUCUCAGUCCACCCGCAGGGCCGGGAGGGAGGGGUCGGCAGGCCCCUCCCCCCAAGCCUCCCCCACGCCCACCCAGGGUGCAUGAACCGCCCAAUGCAGAAGCUGCCGCAUGUCACCCGCCCUCCUCAAAGAAAAGUGUCAGGCCCCCUUUCCCACCCACCCUCUCACUCCCCAUCAAAAUAAAAGUUUCCUUUUCAUUUAAAA